CUCUAUAUUAUUGAAAUAAUUAUGGCGAGUAAAUCUGGAAAAUCAAAGGCAAAGUCCAGCUAUACAGAUCUACAUGCAAUUAUUGAUGAGAUUGCUAGAGAAAGUGACACAGAUUUACAAGAAGAUGUAUCAGAUUGUGUGUCAAGUUUGGACUCCCAAUUUGAGGACAUGUUUUUGUAUGGAGAAGACGCAAUUCUCGAUUGUCCCUCCGAUUCUGAUUGGGAGCCCCCACUGCCAAGUUGCCCUUCCCCCAGGGGAGCUUGUUCAUUUAGCCGGACCCCUGCUGUCUCCGGCUCCACAUCUACCCCCGCCCUGCCAGGUGUGACAAAGAAGCGGCGAUGGGGAAGAGAUACACCUGCAAUCAGAGAGGAGGAGGGUCGUUGGCACUCUGUGCUGGAGGAGGAUGUGGCGCCUCCACCUCCAUUAUUCAGACCAAAGAGGCCAUUAGGCCCAAAGCUGGAUAUGACAUCUAAGUAUAGCCCCAUGCAGCUUUUCCAGCUGUUUUUCACCUCAUCUGUUGUUGAUUCCCUGGUGUUGAACACUAACAAGUAUGGUGCUAAGAAGCAGGCAGGCAAGAAAGAGGGAUGGAAGCCCAUUUCCAUGUCAGAUCUUUUUUGUUUCCUGUCAAUGGUCAUUUACAUGGGUAUUGUGAAGUUGAAAACCCUGAAAGACUACUGGAAAACUGCUCCCCUCUAUCAACUGCCUUUCCCCUCCGCUGUCAUGUCUUGCAAAAGGUUUCUGACAAUCUCACGGGCUCUUCACAUCAGUGACCCAGAAGUUGAUGAGGACAACGAGAAGAAGAGAGGCACAGCAAGGUUUGAUAAGCUUUGCAAAAUAAAACCUCUCUACCCCAGCAUCGUUGAGGCAUGCAAGACUUAUUUUCAGCCUGGCCAGAACCUGUCCAUCGAUGAGAGGAUGGUAGCCUCAAAGGCCAGAAUUAGCCUAAAGCAAUACAUGCGUAAUAAACCAACUAAGUGGGGUUACAAGCUGUUUGUUUUGGCUGAUUCUGCGUGUGCCUACACGUGCAAUUUUUUUGUCUAUGAGGGGAAGAGCAGUUUUGCGACCGCUAUCAAGGACUACAACAAGAGCAUGGGAGGUGUGGACCUGUCAGAUGCACUGAUUGGCUACUACAAUGUGCUCCAUAAAACAAUGAAGUGGUACAAGACAUUUUUCUAUCACUUCAUUGACAUUGCUGUGGGUAGGGUAGUGAGGUCGCCUGUGUUACCCUCCUGGCAGCCAGAGAUGCAGCGGUGUGAGACCGCGGGCUGCCAUGGCCAUGCCCACGCCUGCCAGUCCCCUGUUAUCUGCAGCCACAGAGCCACCAGAGCCACCAGAGCCACCGCUAUCUUCCCUCGCGCCACCACCUACGCUACCGCCACGCUCCUGUCUGCUCAGCUGCAGACCCAACCGGUGCCACUGCUCCAGCCCUGGCAUUCCUGCAGCAGGCAGAUAGCAUUCAGGAUGCGACCUGGAGCAACGCCACAGAGGGGACUGGAAGAAACUCACUCCCAAAAGCCUGGAUGA